AUGCCAAAGGUGCGGAGAAGUAGAAAGCAGCCACCCGAGGGAUGGGAACUGAUUGAGCCUACACUCGAAGAGCUAGAGCAAAAAAUGCGUGAAGCCGAAACAGAGCCGCAUGAAGGAAAACGUAUUACGGAAUCACUGUGGCCGAUCUUCAAAAUACACCACCAGAAGUCACGCUACAUUUACGAUCUGUUUUACCGCCGGAAAGCGAUCAGUAGAGAAUUGUAUGACUAUUGUCUAAAGGAAAAGAUAGCCGAUUCCAAUCUUAUAGCGAAAUGGAAAAAAUCGGGCUAUGAAAAUCUUUGUUGCCUGCGCUGCAUACAAACCAGAGACACAAACUUCGGUACGAACUGUAUUUGCCGUGUGCCGAAAUCGAAAUUAGAGGAAGGCCGAGUGGUCGAAUGCGUGCACUGCGGAUGUCGAGGAUGCUCGGGAUGA